AUGUUGGGCGUAAUUGCUGGACCAGCAGUGGUAACGACAGUCGACCAUUGUUUCAUAGCCAUUAUCGAUCUCACCCCCUUGACUAAACCCCACACUGAGCCCGAAAUUGUAAAGAUGCCCUCGCCGUGGCGAGGAACAUAUGUGAGCAUGAAGUUCCGUCGACUUUGGUACUCGGCCAGCGUAGUAUCGGAGGUCUCUCUACUCACGUGCGCGUGGAUGAUGUUUUAUUAUUGGAGUCUUAAAGGUGGUGAUCUGGAGGUUAUCAAAAAGAUCAUGGCCCGACUGGGAGCCUAUUUGCUACUUAGCAUCUUAAUUUCUUCAUACAAUAUGUGGAGGAUCCUUCUUACUCCCACUCGGAGCUUGCGAAAGCGUGUGGAAUUUGACACGAGUCGUGGCUCGCCUCUGAGACGUGUCUGGAGCCGCCUCUUGCGUUCUCGUUCAAGCUUGAUUCCGCUAGACACCGAGUCGCCUAGGAACAAUUCUGAAGCCAGCGAGGCCAGACUGGACGUACGCUACGCGACGGAGCGUGGUGAUCCCUUUUUCGUGAGCCAUGACGAUAUAAGCCGUGAGGAUAUGAGUCGUGUGGACAUGAGUCGUGAAGGGUCCUACAACGAGCUCGAGUACUUAGACGAAGCGUCCUCGGUAAUCCAGCAAAGUCCGCUGCCCCGAGGCGGUAUAGCAUCCAACUCUACUAGACUCAAUGCUAGUGAGCCUCGACGGCUCUACAAGUAUCGUUCGGGACCGAGUUUCGACGAAAAACAGGACUUUGUGGACUUGUAUAUGUCGGGCUACACAAAAGGCCAUCGAAAUGGACUGCUGCUUCUCAAUGUGGCGGCACUGCUCUUCCUGGCCCUUUACGAUCGUGGCGUAGACUUUGAGCACCACGGCAGCUUCAACCUACUCAUCUUCCUAAUUUUGUUUGUUCCCAUCAAUGUGAUUGUUGGGGCUGUGAUCCUGUGGUACAGGUCAAUGAGUACACGACUAUUCCUGCAGUCAUUCGCCUCGGUACUGACACUAAUCCUCGUGGUCGUGGGUCUCCGACUGCACAUCAUGAAGCAGCGAAGCCAAGUCGGGUUUUUCGGCCAGACCAUCUUGCGGGAUGAUGAGCUGUGUGAGAUACCCGUCGCGACUCCCUAUUUUGACGUGCUCCCCCAACGCGCGCAGACCUUCUGGACAGGACGCACGUCCUGUCCCGCCGUGCCCAGUCCGAGGGCUACCGCGUCCGGAUUCUUCGCCAAAAUCGACUUUACCAUCGACCUCACGAACGACGGGUGGCUCAAGAUGGAUUGCCCUGGAGGAAGAGCUGAGUUCACAUUCACUCCGGACACCCGGUACUGGACCAAGCGAGAGAAACUGUCUCAACCGUUGGGAAAUUCCCUGCAGGAUAAUGUCGUCAAGUUCAUGCAAGACCACAGACAGCCGUAUAUACCCACCGAUGAUAAUAAAGGCAUGUAUGUGGGCGGCCUCGCCAAAGGGCCCUUGGCCCGAGGAGAAGACUUGACUGGAGCAAGUCGGACGCCAGAUACAGUAGUCGGAUACUGCAACGGCGUAAGUCGAAUGGCCACUGCUAUUCCGGACAGACCGGACGUGGAAGCGAAAUUGAGUUUUUGGGACGCCCACCUGAGAGCUCAGCAGCAGGAGCAGGGAGAGCGACGACUGGACGACGGACGGUUUAUGGACGAUGAGUCGGCCGCGGAUGCAGAGCACCGACAGCGGCAGCGGCGAAGGUCGCAGCGGGACCUGCCGCCAAACAUUUUGAUCCUGUUCAUUGACGCUGUGGGUCGGAAGCAAUUUUUUAGGAGACUUACCCAGACCAAAGCUGCCUUGGAAGGCAUGGAUUGGGAGGCCACCAUGUCUCGUUCGCUUGCGGAUGUGUCUUCGUCCAACUUGUAUCAGUUCUUCCGGUACCAUUCUGUCGGUUUUAAUACAGGACCAAAUACACAGGCGUUGUUUACGGGAGUAGAGCGAGAUUACGAUCGGUAUUACCCGCCGAUUUGGAGCAUAUUGAAGAAUCGCGGGCGUUACGUUACGGGUGUGGUCCAGGGUCAUUGCGAAGACUGGAAUGUGUUAUAUCAAGAGCACUUGAACGAGACUAAAAUUAGUGACGGUCGUGUCUUGGUGACGCCGGACGUGGAUUACGAGCUGGAAUCGAUGGCGUGUUUUCCGGAGUAUGAGCCGGUGAAGUGGACGGAUCGCGGAAACUUCCAGGGCUACACGAGUAUUGUGCGACGUUGUCUCUGGGGUCGGCAUGUGCAUGAGUGGGAAUUGGACUACAGCCGUAAGUUUAUCCAAAAGUUUCAGAACAAGUCGCCUUGGUUUCUAGUUACUACUCUCAUGGAAGGUCAUGAGGGUACGGGCGAGGUUAUCUCUCAGGUGGAUCGGGCGCUCGCCUCCUUCCUAACAAACGACGUGCCCAGAGACAACACUGUCCUGCUUCUCGUUUCAGAUCACGGUCUACACAUGGGCCUGAACUUCCUCUAUUUCCUCGAUGGCCGAAUCAAUCACCGCACACCCUUCGGAGCUAUGCUCCUCUCCAGAGACCUGCUUAAUAAGGUCGCCCAAAAUGAGAACACCAACAACGACCAGAGCAUCGACGCCGACGUCAUUAACCAAACUCUCGUGACGAACCAACAACGACUAGUCACGGCAGCCGACAUGUAUUUCACGCUCAGACACAUUGCUCAACGGGGGUUCAACUGGAGCUCCCUUCAAGCAAACAGCCACCACCAACACGACGACCGAGGCGAGGGUCAGAUUGGCUGGCCUGACAAAGGCUUCAACUUACACAAUGACCCCGACAUACGCAUCCCCCGACGCGGUCAGCUAUCUCUUCUUGAACUUGUUCCCGCCAAUCGAACUUGUGCGACCGCGGGCAUCCCCAGCGAGACUUGCGUGUGUAGCUAG